CGCCAGCAAAUUGGCAUUGCAACGACUCUGGUAACAACUUCAUACUAAUCAUUUGAAAGACCUGACUCAUCUGUCGCGCUACUAAAGGUAUAGGUACCUCACAGUCUGUCACCGAUCUGAAGAAAAUAUAAGUAAAGGAGAGAAAAGUGAAAAUGGCAUUGAUGGUUCUGCCGUUGCUGGGGCCAGUGUCAGUCUCAGAGAGUCUGGUUGCUUUGGCUACACUGUGUGUAGUCUAUCUCCUCUUGCAACUUCAGCGAAAGAAGAUUCCAGAGGGGCUGUCUCCACUCCCUGGUCCAAAGCCCCUGCCAAUCAUCGGAAACGUGCUUGAGGUGGGAAACAACCCUCAUCUCAGUCUCACCGCCAUGAGCAAACGGUACGGCCCGGUCUACCAGGUCCAGAUAGGCACAAGACCCGUGGUGGUGAUUGGUGGAAACGAGGUGGUCCGCCAGGCACUCAUCAAGCAGGGUGAAGACUUCUCCGGACGCCCAGAUCUGUACAGCUUCGGUUUCAUCAAUGACGGUAAGAGCUUGGCCUUCAGCUCUGACCAGGCUGGCGUGUGGCGUGCGCGUCGUAAGCUGGCAUUGAGUGCCCUUCGGUCUUUUGCCACUCUGGAGGGUGAGAGCCCAGAGUACUCCUGCGCUCUGGAGGAGCAUAUCAGUAAAGAGGGUCUGUACCUGGUGGAAAGGCUGACGUCUGUCAUGAAGCAGGACGGCAGCUUCGACCCUUUCCGCCACAUCGUGGUGUCAGUGGCUAAUGUCAUCUGUGGAAUGUGCUUUGGGCGGCGGUACAGCCAUGACGACCAGGAGCUUGUGAGCCUGGUGAACCUGAGUGAUGAGUUUGGCCAGGUCGUGGGCAGUGGGAACCCAGCUGACUUCAUCCCCUUCCUGCGUUUCCUACCCAGCAAAACCAUGAAGAAGUUUGUUGACCUCAACAAUCGUUUCAACGCGUUUGUGCAGAGGAUUGUUCAUCAGCAUUAUGAUACGUUCGAUAAGGAUAACAUUCGUGACAUCACAGAUUCCCUGAUUGAUCACUGUGAGGACAGGAAACUGGAUGAGAAUUCUAACGUCCAGGUCUCCGAUGAGAAGAUUGUUGGAAUAGUUAAUGAUCUCUUUGGAGCUGGUUUUGACACAAUAAGUACUGCUUUGUCAUGGUCAGUUCUGUACAUGGUGGCAUACCCAGAAAUUCAGGAGAAACUCCACCAAGAAAUCAAGGAAAAGGUUGGGCUGGAGCGUACACCUCGUCUGUCUGACAAAGCAGACCUGCCGUACCUGGAGGCGUUCAUUCUGGAGAUCUUUCGUCACACCUCUUUCUUACCUUUCACCAUCCCGCACUGCACCACAAAGGACACAUCACUUAAUGGACACUUCAUACCUAAGGACACCUGUGUGUUCAUUAACCAGUGGCAGGUCAACCACGACACUGAUCUGUGGAAGGACCCCUCCUCCUUCUGCCCCGACCGCUUCCUCACUGCCGACGGUACGGAACUGAACAAACUGGAAGGCGAGAAAGUCAUGAUCUUCGGCAUGGGCAAGAGGCGCUGCAUCGGCGAGCUCAUCGGGCGUUCCGAGGUCUUCCUCUUCCUGGCCAUCCUGCUCCAGAGGCUGCAGUUCAGCGCUUUACCUGGCGAAAGCCCAGACAUGACUCCAGAGUACGGCCUCACCAUGAAACACAAACGCUGCCAGCUAUAUGCCUGUGCCCGCACUGAGGCACAGGGCUGACCGCCUUCCACGUCAGCGGACGCAAGUUGUCCUUAGAAAACUGUGGGCAUACGGAGGAAAAAAAAGAAGCAAAGGAGGGUAAACCUGUACUCUUUGGAAAAAUGAGAGAACUUCCGCUAAUUACCCACAAUUCUUUCUGGUGACACCAAGUUUCUAGACAUCAAAGGGACAGUUUUGUUCUAUAUGGAGGAUGUUAUAAAUUGCGUUGCGUUGGAGACAGUGUAAGAUUUCAGCUGUGUAAUUGAAAUCAGAUUGUAUACAGAGACUGGUGGGGAGAUUCUCUUGAAUGAGAAUGAAUUUAUAAAAGUCAUGGUUUAGUGCCAGCUCCUAUCGCUGUCAGUGUUUGUGUGUUGGUAAUAUAAUUCUUUAUUGUACGCUUAUGGCCCUCUCACUGCUGACUGGCUGAGUAAUUAUCAAAAGACAAACUGACUGACCUGUCACUCGUCCAAGUACACGUAAAAUCUGAUGUACUAUCUAAGUUCUGUCCUACAUAAUAGAACAAAACACAGUAGAAAGGAGCACACACGCAGUCACAUGGAAGAAUGCCUUUAUCUGACAUACUAUUCCAACAUUUACUGUUUCAGGGUUUUAUUUUGUGUUUUGUUUUGUUUCGUUUUUUUUUUUUUUAAUUUUGUCUUUUUUUUUUUCUUUUUUUUUGCCAUAAGCUAAUCAGAGAUAUCCCUCUUCCACUGAGAUAAUCUGUUGGAUACAAUACACUGAAGCUAUUCUGUAAUGUUUCAUUUUAAUCCCAAAAUGUGAUCUGUAUAUAUAGUGUUGCUGUUAAAUCAAUCUUUGGUGCCUAAACUUGUUAUUUGUGCAGACUGCUGAGACACUGUGCAAGUACUCAAAGACUUCAGAUAUGAAUAUCUGUAUGUAAUUCUCUUGUAUAUCAGAACCUUUUCUGGAUUGGCUUUUUUACUGUACACAAUGAAGGAUGUUUAUUGGCAUACGCUGUAACUCUGAAGAAUGAAACCAAACUCCCACUGAUUUUUUAAUUGCAAUAAUUAAUACAUCGUGUCAACUCUGUACGUUUAUUAAAUGCUUUUCUGUAUUUAUAAAUAAACAUUUUGAUAAAUCAGAUUGA